CCGGCAGGCACACACCUCCACUCUCCCUCACGUCAGCCAAUCACGACGAAGGACGCAUUCACGAGAAAGUGAAAUUUCCUAGAAUCAUGUUUAGAGCCUCAGUUUAGUUGAGAAAACUCAUGAAAAUAUCGUGAAAAAUAAAAUAAAGAGAAUCCGAAGAAUGCAGACGAAUGUAAAAGAUGCACAUGUAAAAUAACAGCUGAGGACAUAGGGGUGUGGUAUGACGUCAGGGAAGGUGACCGACAGUGUGCGCGCGGCUGGUGGAGUAGACGUUCCUCCCUCCGGCCUGCCUUGCCCCUCCCCCUCAGUCUCCCCGUGCCAGAGCGAGACUUGCCUCAGACCUGCCAGUCGAUAAAACCUCGGGCCGUCCUAGCAUGGAGAUAGUCGCAGCUGCGGACAGUGACGAGAGGGGUCUGUCGCUCUUGAAGGUGGUCAACGUCCUACAGCGAGUGGUUGUAUUCAUACACUCGUUCACUAUCGACAAGUUUAAGGGAAACCUGCAAAGACCUUCAGGUGCCAGUCAGGAAAUGCCGCACAUGAGAGAAGAAGACAUUGCCACUAAGGUAAAGGAUAUAUGCCAGGAGCUGGUUCUGAAUCAUGAAGCCAUGAAGGAGGUAUGUAGCUGCCUUCAGGAAGAAAUCAACAGGGGCCUUGGAAAGGAUUCUAAUCCUGAGGCCACAAUAAAAUGCUUCCCAACUUAUGUGAGAGAACUUCCAAAUGGCAAAGAGAAUGGGAGGUUCCUGGCACUGGAUCUUGGAGGCACCAACUUCAGGGUCCUCCUGAUUGAGCUGGGAGCCAAGUGUACCAUGGACAGCAGGAUCUAUGCUGUACCUCAGCCCAUCAUGGUGGGACCAGGAGAGGGGCUCUUUGACCACAUAGCUGAAUGUCUAGCCAGUUUCAUCAAGGAACGAGAUUUGGGAACUGAGCUACUUCCUCUGGGCUUCACAUUCAGCUUCCCAUGCAAGCAGGAAGGCCUGACCAAGGCACGUCUUGCUUGCUGGACCAAGGGAUUCAAAUGUGCGGGUGUUGAAGGCAGGGACGUUGUGGAACUACUGAAGCAAGCCAUCGCUAGACGAGGGGAUGUGAAGAUCAAAAUUUGUGCAGUGCUGAAUGACACCACUGGCACUUUAAUGUCCUGUGCGUGGAAGAACCACAACUGCCGCAUUGGUCUCAUUGUGGGUACAGGAACCAAUGCUUGCUACAUGGAGAAACUUGAAAAGGUGGAACUUUGGGAUGGCAGCACAGAUGAACCACAUCAGGUAAUCAUCAACACUGAAUGGGGUGCAUUUGGAGACAAUGGUUGCUUAGACUUUGUUCGCACAGAGUAUGAUAAUACUAUUGACCGGGAAUCAAUUAAUCCAGGAAGACAACUUUAUGAGAAGAUGAUCAGUGGAAUGUACAUGGGGGAGAUUGCCAGGCAAGUCCUUGUCCGCCUGGUGUCUGAUGGACUUCUCUUCGGAGGAUAUGCUUCAGAUAUUCUUCUUGAAAAAGGCUCAUUUUUCACCAAAUACAUAUCUGAAAUAGAGAGUGACAAACCUGAUGACUUCAACAACUGCCGUGCCAUCUUGGAGGAGUUAGGAUUCAAUGAUGCCACUGAUGCCGAUUGUGCCAAUGUUCGCUAUGCCUGUGAAUGUGUCUCCAGGCGAGCAGCAAACUUGGCUGCUGCAGGUGUUGCUGUGCUCCUCAACCGCAUAAAUGAAGAAAGUGUAACUGUGGCAGUGGAUGGUUCAGUGUAUCGUUUCCAUCCACACUUCCACAAUCUCAUGGUAGAGCAGAUUUCACACCUCAUCAAACCUGGAAUUAAGUUCGAUCUCAUGCUGUCUGAGGACGGCAGUGGACGUGGUGCUGCCCUAGUGGCUGCUGUUGCCUCCAGAUCUGCUAGCAUGAGAUAGAAUGGCAAGUUACAGAGGAACUCCGUCCAGCAAUAUGCCACUGGCUGGCUAUGUGUGGCCUUCAGCAUCCCUGGUGGAUUGCUAAGGGAAGGCGAUUUAUAAGAUAUCAGCCAGGCUGUAGCCUAUGUAUGUGUUUGUUUCUUACACAGUCUCUGGACCAAUGAAGCAAAGAAACAUGUCCUCUAUUCAUCUGGAAUUUGAAAACCAUCAUAUUUUUGCAAGAUUAUUUUCAGGUAAUUCCUUCUCUAUUUAGUCUACUACAUUCUUUUCAUGUGAAGUUCAUUAUUCUAUUAAAAUUAUUAAUAUAAUGAAAAUUACUACCUUGAAAUAAUAACAUAAUGUUAGCGGUGCUCAUAGUAAAAAGAAAAGAAAACGUAGGUUGUGGAUCCUAAUUACCCAAAAUACUGGUUUGCGAUAAUUUAGGCUGUGACUACAGUUCUGGGUUGAUGGAUCAUCAGAAUGGAAUAUGGAGUGUAUAUUUUUUAGAUAGAUGGUAUUCAGGUAAUUGGCAUUAUGCUGUAUAUUCCUGAUUUUUUUUUUAUUUACCAUGUUUCUUUUAUAUUGUAGAGUCUCUCUAUUUUUCAAAUAUAUGCAUGAAAGAUGUAAAUUCACUGUUCAAAAUGCAAUAGAUAUUGUGUACUUAGUGUUACAGUGAGUUGAAUGUGUGUGUGUGUGUGUGUGUGUGUGUGUGUGUGUGUGUGUGUGUGUGUGUGUAAAAGACUAUUGUCAAGUGACAAUUUUAUAAUGUAUAGAACAAAAGUUUACCCCAACAGCAUUUUAGCAAAAUUAUUCUAUAAGUGUAUGUGUAUACCACUUAGUGAUGGCCUGCAAUACAUGAACAAGGUCAUGGAUGAGAUGCAGAAAUUAUGACAGUAAUUAAUGGAUAACCUAAAUAUGGUUAACAAUAUAGAUAAGUUACUUAGUGCAAUGGAUGUUACAUGUUAUCAGAACAAGAACUACAUAAAUCAUAAUUUGUUAUAUAUAGUAGUUUGUGUGGCAAAUGUACUUGUAAAUUUUGAACUAGUCUUGAAAGGGUCUCAUAAUUAAGUUCAUACUGAGUGGUGUACACUUACAGAAAUGGGAUGUAAAAGCAGUGCAAAUAUGAGAUGUGUGAAUGUGAAAUUACAAAUGGAUUCGCUAGAUUUAUCACUAGCUCUUAAUCAACAUCAGACCAUAUGGAAUACAUUUUUUUUUCAUGUCACCCUGCUUCUUUCUGCAUAUGUGAAAUAGCAUCCAAGAAUAGAGAAAAGUAUAAAAUUCUUAUUGGGAGUUUCCAGGAUCUGAACCUAAAUGAUUAUAUAUAAGAAAAAUACAGAGACUCUAAUUUUCAAGUUUGUACGUCAUGUAAAAACUGAGACCUGGUGAUGCUUUACAUUAUUGCUGUUUUUAGUGCAUUUUAGUAAUUGAAGUUUCUAAAUUAUUUGUGAAACACACACAUACACACACACACACACACACACACACACACACACACACACACACACACACACACACACACACACACACACACAAGGAAUUGCAAUUACAUGAGUUGUUAGUUUUCUACAGCUGGUCCUUGUGUGUUAAGAUUAACUUUCAAAAAUUAUUAAGCAUGUUUCCCAGUUAACCAAUGAUUAACACUGAGAGGUACAUGGAGAGGUACACAGCUGUUGUACUCAGAUACUCAGCAACACAUGCAUUGUACAUUUUAUUGAUUUGCAGCUACUUGCAACAUUAUCUUUUUGUGUUGAUAACUGUGCUCAAUCUUUUACACUUCAGGCAUAUUGUAAUGUUUCAAAAACAAAUAAUUUUUGCUGUACACCUUAAGCAAAAAUUAUGUCUAGGUGGUUGUGUGAAUGCAGACUGAAAGGUAUGAGUUAGGAAAGUGUGUGGUGAAAUAUGGAAUAGUUAUCGUGCAAUUUACCUAUAACCAAUAAUUCUUGGAUCUAAUAUGUAUAGUAAAAAUCUCUUGAUAAUACUUUGUUCACAAUAAUUCUCUCACACUGACAACUCAUAGUGCAACCUUCUCAUAUAUAUAUAUAUAUAUAUAUAUAUAUAUAUAUAUAUAUAUAUAUAUAUAUAUAUAUAUAUAUAUAUAUAUAUAUAUAAAUAAAUAAAUAUAUUACACACACACAAACACGACUACAAUCAAUGCAACAAAGUAAAUUAUGUAUUGUUUUAAAAGAAUAGUUGCCAGUGUUAGUUGAAGCCAGUGCUGAUGUACUGAGCUGAUAGUGAGGCUGGUUUAGAACCAAAACAUAUACAGUAUAUUUGUGAUAUAGGAUAAAUAUUUGGUUGUUUUAAGAUAGACAUUUUUCUAAGUUAGCUGAAAUACAUGUGCUAAGUAUAAUGCUGCAACCUGAUUUUGGUUCCACACCUCAUAUUGUAUUAUCACUUUCUAAUGGAGAGUCUGUGGUUUUCUCGUAACUAGUGAUGGCAUAACCAAUGCCACAAUUAUUUUGUCAAAAUGGGGUUGGGGUAAUAUACAGUUCUGAGAUACAACCCAUAAAUAUAUAUAUAUAUAUAUAUAUAUAUAUAUAUAUAUAUAUAUAUAUAUAUAUAUAUAUAUAUAUAUAUAUAUAUAUAUAUCAUUAUCACAAUAUGUACUGAAAAUGAAGAUAGCUGUUUCAAAUAAAAUAAUUCUGAAUGAAUAUUUAUAAUGUCUGAAUAUAAAGUGUUAUGAUUUAUGCAUAUGUAAAUAUGGAAUAGAUUUAUGUACUUGGACUUAGAUUUCCUAUCAGAAACAAUUUUGGACUAUGCAUAAAUUUAUGAUAUUUUGUUGAAACUUAAAAAGGUUUAAUGGUCUCUCACAGAGCAUUGUGCCUUUUGAAAUAGGUUGUCUCAAAAAGGAAUAACUAUUGCUUCCCAAGAACUUGUGAAAUCUUUGGAGAUUUAGCAAGAGACAAUAUUUACAUUAGUUUCAUUUUAGUCUUGCUUUAUUUUCAUAAUAAAGCUAUAUUCUUAGCCAAAAUAAUCAUAUAGUAUAACCUUUUCAAACUUCAAAAUUGUAAAUUUUUUUUAUUGAAGUAUCCAUACAGUGUUGACCUGUAGUUUGUCAAUAACAAAUGCUGCAACAAAAUAUGCAACAAAUAGAUUAAUGAAAAAUUGGUAAAUCUUUUAUGUAAAUACUUUUGUUUCUAUUAGUGAUUUUAAUAGUUUUAUCUCCAUUCAUUCAAGUUGUUCUGGCUAGGGAUCAUAUUUUUGAAAAACUGCAUACCUUUGUUGACUUGCAUGGCAACCUCUUGUUUAUGCCAUAAAGUCUAGUUUCAAGGCUGUGAUCUAGUUUGAAAAUAAGUAAAUUACAUUAAUGAGAAAUCUUCAACCUUUACCUCCUGUAUUAUAGAACACAUAUACAAGCUCUGUUCAGAAACUAUUGACUUUAGCUAAGCUUCCAAUUCAAAUCUCUUGUGAAGUAGCCGCUUAUGACUCCUGCAUGUUAAGUACAGCAGUCUUUCCUUUCUUAAAAACAUUUUUAGAAGUCAGGUUUUUUAUUGGCUACAAACUAUGCCAUCUCAUCUUAAGAGCUUCUUGGUUCUCAAGUCAGGGCCCCUUCAGCAGUUCAAGUUAGCAUCAGUGACUUUUCUCUUCUCCAGUCCUACUUUCUUUAGCAUUGAGGUUACUGGAGUCUUCUACUAUGCUAUCUAAGCCCCAGUUUCAUACUGCAUCCAAAAAUUAUCAUUAUUAAUAAUGUUCUUCAGGAAAUUAGGAUCAAUUAUUGCGCUCUUAUGACCACCCUUAUGUCAGGGUUGUCAUAAGAGCGCAAUAAUUGAACCUAAUUUUCUGUUAUCAUUUAGAGCAAACAGAAUCCAGAGACAAGAGUUGUGACAAAUAUAGUAAAGAUAUAAAUCUACUUCUGCAUGUCAGGGUGGACUACCAAUGCAAAAGUAGAUUUAUAUCUUUACUAUAUUUGUCACAACUCUUGUCUCUGGAUUCUGUUUGCUCUAAAUGAUAACAGAAAAUAGUUAAACUUUUGAACAGAUCUUGUAUAUGCUAUUCAAGUGGUAAGCAACAUGUUUGCCAGUUAGAAGUUUGAUUUAGGUCAAUAAUGAUGCUUGGUUAUUUAACUUUAAAUUGUUAUUUGCAUCACGGUCUCAGUGCUGCUCAAGUGCAUCGAAACCUUGAAAUACUAAUUCACAUGCAACACGUGGAAACUUUCAGGACUCUUAAGAACACAAAGCCAACUGAUGGUGUCAUCCAGAUUCAGUAAACUCCUUCAAUAUUAUUUAUUUUAUUAUUUUAGAGAAUGUACUUUAUAUAUCUAAAAAAAUAUUUAUGAUGUUUUUAACUUUCUUAAAAACUGAGUAGGCUUAAACUUUAAAUUUAAAAUUCAUAAGAAGUUAAAGUGUUUAGAUGAAUAUCAUUACAUUGCACAAUGUUCAGAGUGACUAAUUCAAACUUAGAAACCCUAAAAGUGCAUUGAUUUUAACAUUAUUGAAUCAUUAUACUUACCAGAUAUUCACCAUUAUACACCAAGUUGCUUGAAACCAAAUGGGGAAAAAAAUAAAAAAGAAAAUAAUGAUUUAUCUUCUAAAAUCUGAAACUCAAUAUUCACCAUUAUACACCAAGUUGCUUGAAACCAAAGGGGGAAAAAAAUAAAUAAGAAAAUCAUGAUUUAUCUAAUAAAAUCUGAAGAAACUCAAGUUUUCUAUGUAGCUUUGCUAAAUCAGUGCAAAGAAAUAUGUUUCUCCUUAUAAUAUAAAGACAAACCAAUGCACAUCUGGUAACUUUUAAAUUAAAUCAUUUCUCCAAUUCCUGGAUGUACUAUUUUACAUCUCACUCAAAAAAAAUAAAAUAAAAAGCUUCAGUAUUACCAUAUUCUACUAAUGUCAUAAGCUGCCAAAAAACACAAGACUUUCAUCAUAAUCUCGUGUUGGGAAUUUAGAUCUGUACAUUCAAUAAGUAAAUCAUAAUGAAAGGAGGAAAUGUAAAAAAAAAAAAAAAGUGGAGUUAUUGUAAAAGCAAUGUUGAAUCUUUUAAACUAAUUAUACCAGUAUGCAUGUAAUAUCAAUAUACCAUUAAAAUUGUAUGUAUGUGUAAUACUUCAAAGCACUCAAUGAUGUAUUUUUAUAGAUAUUUUUAAUAUAUUUCAAUGUACUGAGAAAACGGAGUACUUCCGGGACAUAUUGGUUGUAGCAUCUUGCAUAGCAAUGAUGAAUCACUAAUUAGGCAAACAUGUUAAUACAUUGUCCAAGUUAAGUAUUAUUCUCUUUCCAAAAGUAUACAAAGUGCUUGGGUCAUUUUUUAUUUUUAACCAGUAAUUCAGAAAAAUGAAUAACUCAAUCACAUAGGUAGGUUUUCACAAAAUCCUGCUGUUGCUCCACCCAGCAGGGAUAACCACAUCCACCAGAUAUGAGCCACCGUGUGUGUGACUCAGGUGAAUGAUAAGAGAAAUCUUACUACUCAAUUAUUAAUGAUCUUAAACUUCUAACUGAGACACAGGUGGCACAUUCAUCAAUGCUUUGAGAGAUGCCUCAACUGUAAUUUUUUAAAUAUUUUCUAGUUUACAAAAUGUCUGGAUAGUAGCACAGAUAACUUAAGUGGAUGAUAAAAAAUGGGUUUCUUUUUAUAAAUUUUCUCUCAUAUAUAUAUAUAUAUAUAUAUAUAUAUAUAUAUAUAUAUAUAUAUAUAUAUUUCAACAACUUGCUUAAAGCAAUGAUAUGUAUUAUUUCAUUAUUACAAGAAACUGGAAUGAACUCAAUGCACAAAUUAUAGAUUAUAUUGUGCAGUCUUGUUACAUUACAUAACAUUUGUGGAUUUUAAAAAUUACACUAAAAUUUUUUCAAAUGUGUGAAUCUCAAUAUUAUUAACUUGACGUACCAGCAUGUUUCUUUUUCUAACAUUUUUUCUAAUGAAACUAUUUAUUUUGUCAAAAUGGCUGCUAAGUAUUUGAGUGAUCAUCAUAGUUUAAGUAGGACCUUGAAAGUAGUAAUCUGAGGAGUUUAAUUAGUUUGAAUAUAAGUUUGUCUGUGACGAAAAAGAAUAAUGGUAAAUAAUGUAUCAAAAUUAUUUCUCUUGUUGUAUAAGAAAUGGAGCAGUUGGUUGUAUGAGAAAUGGAGCAGUUGGUUAUGUAUUUUGAUUUUGUAGAAAAAUGAUGUGUAUAUACUAUACAUAUAAAUAUAUAUAUUAUAUGAA